AUGGCUGCAGCUUCCGAGAGGAGAGAGCCGAGCGCGGCCGCGUCCCGACGCCCGGGCGCGUAUCCUGCCGCAGUGCACAAAGAGUCCCGCCACAUCACCGUGCGCCGGCCCGGCGCCCGCCCCCUCCGCCGCCCCGCCGGGAGAGCCGGGCGCCCGCGGAGCCGGAGGGGAGGCGGGAGAGGCGGGCGCCGGGCCGGGGGAGGGGAGCAGGGGAGGGGCGCCGCGGGGAGGGCUCGGUUCCGUCCCGGCGGGGUCGUGCACGCUCCAGACUCGGUGAGCGAGCCCCGGUGUGGAGCACCGGACGGUCGGAAGCUGCAGCCUGCGAGUGGGCGGGGCGAGCGGGCCUGGGAGGGCCCAAACGCGAGGUGGAAGGAUACGCGGGCCUUGGUCGGAACUACUUUCAGGAGAAGGUCACGUGUGGUCCUAGUUGGGGAACUUUCCAAAUUCCCAUUCCCCUCUCUGCUCCUGAGGCAGGAGGUCGUCCCUCCCUGCUGUAUUGGGUGCUCCCUGCGGUGUGGGCAGCUGGAUCCCCGCUCUUCCCGGGUCGGAGCGGAGGAAGCACCCACGAGCGGUCCUCCGGAGCGCUGUCGGGGCCAGCGCCUGGGGAGCUGGUUACACAAGCACCCACAUCCUAGCACGUGCCCCCGCCACCCCUCUCUGCUGGCCGCCGCCGGUUUGUGCACGCUGAUGCGGAGAGUCCCCAAGCUGUUCCUCACUUUGGCUUGCAAUCCGUGGAGCGAGCCAGAAGGCCGGGACAAGACCCUCCUGCUCUGGAUCUGCCCACGCCGCGCGUUCCCAGCCGUGGGAGAAGAGGCCGGGCCCUAGGGGGUCUGACGCAUCUCCUUCCCUUAAUGAGGUGAACCCUUUCUAGAGCUGUA